CAUCGCGUCGCCGAGUUGCUCGACCAAGCACAGCACAAUGGCCCCCCUCACCGCCGACGCCAAGCGCUUGCGAGUCAUCAUCAUCUCGUUCCCCCUCCUCGUGGUCACCUCGGCUAUCCUGUACCGGCGGACGUACAUGGGCGAGAAGCAGCGCACGAUUCCGCGACCUGGAGACGGCGCCCAGACGGAGCUGCCGAGCAUCCUGACGGGCGGGAAGCCGCCCGGGCAGCAGUAGUAGUAGAGUGGAGUCGAGAGGUCCAGCAGCCUGGUCGCAAUGGUCACUGGCGGAGAACAGCCCUUGGGUCACAACCAACCCCCAUCAACAUCAAGCAUAUACGCAUGUGAUGGCGCCAGCAGCGCUACUCCAUGCCCCCUCAAUAGCAUAGACAUAGAAUGCACAGGCGCA